ACGAUGGAUGUGGUGGUUUUUAAUAGUAGGCUAAUUUGGAAAUGCACGAAGUGUCUGUAAACUACUGUUCUAAACGUUAGCGCGGAGUGUUUGCGGUGUUCCGUCGUGUUUCUGUGAAUUUUGUCAAGCGGCGUGAGUGAGAUAUUGUAUGUAGCAUGCCGCAGUUCCAUAAAAUCGAAAUAAAUAGGACCGAAUGGGAGGUUCCGGAACGAUAUCAAAUGGGAUCUCCAGUGGGAUCGGGAGCUUACGGUCAAGUGUGUUCAGCAGUUGAUACAACUACUGGUCAGAAAGUAGCAAUAAAAAAGUUAGCCAGACCAUUCCAGUCAGCUGUUCAUGCAAAGCGUACAUACAGGGAGCUUCGUAUGUUGAAGCACAUGAAUCAUGAGAAUGUAAUUGGUCUACUAGAUGUAUUUCAUCCAUCUUCCUCUCUGGAAGAUUUUCAACAGGUAUAUUUAGUCAUGAAUCUGAUGGGUGCAGAUCUCAAUAAUAUUGUAAGGACUCAAAAGCUUUCAGAUGAUCAUGUACAAUUUAUUAUUUAUCAAAUCCUUCGUGGCCUCAAAUAUAUUCAUUCUGCGAGUAUAAUACAUAGGGAUUUAAAACCUUCUAAUAUAGCUGUAAAUGAAGAUUGUGAAGUGAAGAUUUUAGAUUUUGGAUUGGCAAGGCCUACAGAGAAUGAAAUGACUGGUUAUGUUGCUACAAGGUGGUACAGAGCUCCAGAAAUUAUGCUUAAUUGGAUGCAUUAUAAUCAAACAGUGGACAUUUGGUCAGUUGGAUGUAUAAUGGCUGAACUAUUAACAGGGAGAACAUUAUUUCCUGGAACAGAUCAUAUACACCAACUGAACUUAAUAAUGGAGGUAUUGGGUACUCCACGAGACGAAUUUAUGCAAAAAAUAUCAUCAGAGUCGGUAAGUAGUUUUUAAAUUGUUAAAUAACAAUUUAUUAAUAAAAGAAGCCUAAUAGUGCAUGCUGCUCAUUUAUAACCCAUAGAUUUGCUUGAAUUAAUGUUAGAAUUUGAUGCAGAGAAACGAAUUACAGCAGAACAAGCUUUAGCACAUCCAUAUCUUGCACAGUAUGCUGAUCCAACAGAUGAACCAGUAUCUCUGCCAUAUGAUCAAAGUUUUGAAGAUAUGGAUUUGCCAGUUGAAAAGUGGAAAGAACUUGUUUAUCAUGAAGUUAUAAACUUUGUACCUCAACAGCUACCUGCAAUGUCUUCAACAAUCGAGUCUACUUCAUAAAAUUGUGUCAGUAGCACAAAUAAUAUAGAUAUAAGCAG